GGGCACUGGGUCAUCAGGCAUUGGAUCGUCUGGCUCGACAGCGGGCAUCGGGUCACCAGGCAUGACAGCGGGCACUGGGUCAUCAGGCAUUGGAUUGUCUGGCUCGACAGCGGGCAUCGGGUCACCAGGCAUGACAGCGGGCACUGGGUCAUCAGGCGUGAUAGGAUCAUCAGGCUGGAUCAGUUCAUCAGGCUGGGUACAGACAUCAGGCUGGGUAGGGACAUCAGGCUGGGUAGGGACAUCAGGCUGAAGUGCGGGGUGCCGAGGCACCAGGCUGAACCACGGAAGGCAGGUUCUCAGACGGCAGGCUCACCGGUUUGGAUACUGGCAGGAUGGUACUGGUUGGAAAGAAUUUUUGCUUUUUUCUGGUUUUAACUACUGGAGCACUGCAAGUAAACGCAGGUCUGCAAACGAAUGGAGCAGCUGA